AUGGACGUGGACGUGGACGUGGACGUGGACGUGGACGUGGACGUGGACGUGGACAUGGACAUGGACAUGGACGUGGACGUGGACGUGGACGUGGACGUGGACGUGGACAUGGUCGUGGACGUGGACGUGGACGUGGACGUGGACAUGGACGUGGACGUGUACGUGGACGUGGACGUGGACGUGGACAUGGACGUGGACGUGGACGUGGACAUGGACGUGGACGUGGACGUGGACGUGGACAUGGACGUGGACAUGGACGUGGACGUGGACGUGGACGUGGACGUGGACGUCGACGUGGACGUGGACGUGGACGUGGACGUGGACGUGGACGUGGUCGUGGACGUGGACGUGGACGUGGUCGUGGAGGUGGACGUGGACGUGGACGUGGUCGUGGACGUGGACGUGGUCGUGGACGUGGACGUUGACGUGGACGUGGACGUGGUCGUGGACGUGGAGGACUUGGACGUGGACAUGGACGUGGACGUGGACGUGGUUGUGGACGUGGACGUGGACGUGGACGUGGACGUGGACGUGGACGUGGACGUGGACGUGGACGUGGACAUGGUCGUGGACGUGGACGUGGACGUGGACGUGGACAUGGACGUGGACGUGUACAUGGACGUGGACGUGGAUGUGGACGUGGACAUGGACGUGGACGUGGACGUGGACGUGGACAUGAACGUGGACGUAGACGUGGACGUGGACGUGGACCUGGACGUGGACGUGGACGUGGACGUGGACGUGGACGUGGACGUGGACGUGGACAUGGUUGUGGACGUGGAUGUGGACGUGGACGUGGACAUGGACGUGGACGUGUACGUGGACAUGGACGUGGACGUGGACGUGGACGUGGACGUGGACAUGGACGUGGACGUGGACGUGGAGGACUUGGACGUGGACAUGGACGUGGAUGUGGACGUGGACCUGGAUAAGGACGUGGACAUGGACGUGGACGUGGACAUGGACGUGGACGUGGACGUGGACAUGGACGUGGACAUGGACUCACACGUGGACGUGGACAUGGACAUGGACGUGGACGUGGACGUGGACAUGGACGUGGACGUGGACAUGGACGUGGACGUGGACGUGGACGUGGACGUGGACAUGGACGUGGACGUGGACAUGGACGCUGACGUGGACGUGGAGGACUUGGACGUGGACAUGGACGUGGACGUGGACGAGGACGUAGAAGUGGACGUGGACAUGGUCGUGGACGUAGACGUGGACGUGGACAUGGACGUGGACGUGGACGUGGACGUGGACAUGGACGUGGACGUGGAGGACUUGGACGUGGACGUGGACGUGGACCUAGACGUUGACGCGGACGUGGACGUGGACAUGGACUUGGACGUGGACGUGGACGUGGACAUGGACAUGGACGUGGACGUGGACAUGGACGUGGACGUGGACGUGGACGUGGACAUGGACGUGGACAUGGACGUGGACGUGGACGUGGACAUGGACGUGGACGUGGACGUGGACGUGGACAUGGACGUGGACGUGGACGUGGACGUGGACGUGGACGUGGACGUGGACAUGGACGUGGACAUGGACGUGGACGUGGACGUGGACAUGGACGUGGACGUGGACGUGGACGUGGACAUGGACAUGGACGUGGACGUGGACGUUGACGUGGACGUGGAGGACUUGGACGUGGACGUGGACGUGGACGUGGACCUAGACGUUGACGCGGACGUGGACGUGGACAUGGACGUGGACGUGGACGUGGUCGUGGACGUGGACGAGGACGUGGACGUGGACGUGGACGUGGACGUGGACAUGGACGUGGACAUGGACGUGGACGUGGACGUGGACGUGGACGUGGACUUGGACGUGGACGUGGACGUGGACGUGGACGUGGACGUGGACAUGGACGUGGACGUUGACGUGGACGUGGACGUGGACGUGGACAUGGUCGUGGACGAGGACGUGGACGUGGACGUGGACAUGGACGUGGACGUGGACAUGGACGUGGACGUGGACGUGAGGUGGACGUGGACGUGGACGUGGACGUGGACGUGGACGUGGACGUGGACGUGGACAUGGACGUGGACGUGGACGUGGACAUGGACGUGGACGUGGACCUGGACGUGGACGUGGACGUGGACGUGGACAUGGACAUGGACAUGGACGUGGACAUGGACGUGGACGUGGACAUGGAGUGGACGUGGACAUGGACGUGGACGUGGACAUGGACGUGGACGUGGACGUGGUCGUGGACAUGGUCGUGGACGUGGACGUGGACGUGGUCGUGGACGUGGACGUGGUCGUGGACGUGGACGUGGACGUGGACGUGGACAUAGACAUGGACGUGGACGUGGACAUGGACGUGGACGUGGACGUGGACAUGGACGUGGACAUGGACGUGGACAUGGACGUGGACAUGGACGUGGACGUGGACAAGGACGUGGACGUGAACGUGGAGGUGGACGUGGUCGUGGACGUGGUCGUGGACGUGGUCGUGGACGUGGACGUGGACGUGGACCUGGACGUGGUCGUGGACGUGGACGUGGACGUGGACUUGGACUUGGACUUGGACGUGGACGUGGACGUGGUCGUGGACGUGGUCGUGGACGUGGACGUGGACGUGGUCGUGGACGUGGACGUGGACGUGGACGUGGACGUGGUCGUGGACGUGGACGUGGACGUGUACGUGUACGUGGACGUGGACGUGGACGUGGUCGUGGACGUGGACGUGGACGUGGUCGUGGUCGUGGACGUGGACUUGGACUUGGACGUGGACGUGUGGACGUGGACAUGGACGUGGACAUGGACGUGGACGUGGAUGUGGACGUGGACGUGGACAUGGACGUGGACGUGGACAUGGACGUGGACGUGGACGUGGACAUGGACGUGGACGUGGACGUGGACGUGGACGUGGACAUGGACGUGCACGUGGACAUGGACGUGGACGUGGACGUGGACGUGGACGUGGACAUGGACGUGGACGUGGACGUGGACGUGGACGUGGACGUGGACGUGGACGUGGACGUGGACGUGGACGUGGACGUGGACGUCGACGUGGACAUGGACGUGGACGUGGACGUGGACAUGGACGUGGACGUGGACGUGGACGUGGACGUGGACGUGGACGUGAACGUGGACGUGGACGUGGACGUGGACGUGGACGUGGACGUGGACGUGGACGUGGACGUGGACAUGGACGUGGACGUUGACGUGGACGUGGACGUGGACGUGGACAUGGUCGUGGACGUGGACGUGGACGUGGACAUGGACGUGGACGUGUACGUGGACGUGGACGUGGACGUGGACGUGGACGUGGACAUGGACGUGGACGUGGACGUGGACGUGAACAUGGACGUGGACGUGAACGUGGACAUGGACAUGGACGUGGACGUGGACGUGGACGUGGACAUGGACGUGGACGUGGACAUGGAGUUGGACAUGGACGUGGACGUGGACGUAGACGUGGAGGUGGACGUGGACAUGGACGUGGACGUUGAAGUGGACGUGGACAUGGACGUGGACGUGGACAUGGACGUGGACGUGGUCGUGGACGUGGUCGUGGACGUGGACGUGGACGUAAACGUGGACGUCGACGUGGUCGUGGACGUGGACGUGGACGUGGUCGUGGACGUGGACGUGGACGUGAACGUGGACAUGGACGUGGACGUGGACAUGGACGUUGACGUGGACGUGGACGUGGUCGUGGUCGUGGAUGUGGACGUGGACGUGGACGUGGACGUGGUCGUGGACGUGGACGCGGACGUGGACUUGGUCGUGGACUUGGUCGUGGACGUGGACGUGGACGUGGUCGUGGACGUGGACGAGGACGUGGACGUGGACAUGGACGUGGACGUGGACGUGGACGUGGACGUGGACGUGGACGUGGACGUGGACAUGGACGUGGACGUGGACGUGGACAUGGACGUGGACGUGGACGUGGACGUGGACGUGGACGUGGACGUGGACGUGGAGGACUUGGACGUGGACGUGGACGUGGACGUGGACCUAGACGUUGACGCGGACGUGGACGUGGACAUGGACGUGGUCGUGGACGUGGACGUGGACGUGGACGUGGACAUGGACGUGGACGUGGACGUGGACGUGGACGUGGACAUGGACGUGGACAUGGACGUGGACGUGGACGUGGACGUGGACGUCGACGUCGACGUGGACGUGGACGUGGACGUGGACGUGGUCGUGGACGUGGACGUGGAGGUGGACGUGGACGUGGACGUGGACCAGGACGUGGACGUGGACGUGGUCGUGGACCUAGACGUUGACGUGGACGUGGUCGUGGACGUGGUCGUGGACGUGGACGUGGACGUGGACGUGGACGUGGACAUGGACGUGGACGUGGACGUGGACGUGGACAUGGACGUGGACGUGGACGUGGACGUGGACGUGGACGUGGACAUGGACGUGGACAUGGACGUGGACGUGGACGUGGACAUGGACGUGGACGUGGACGUGGACGUGGACAUGGACGUGGACGUGGACGUGGACGUGGACGUGGACGUGGAGGACUUGGACGUGGACGUGGACGUGGACGUGGACCUAGACGUUGACGCGGACGUGGACGUGGACAUGGACGUGGUCGUGGACGUGGACGUGGACGUGGACAUGGACGUGGACGUGGAUGUGGACGUGGACAUGGACGUGGACAUGGACGUGGACGUGGACGUGGACGUGGACGUGGACGUCGACGUGGACGUGGACGUGGACGUGGACGUGGUCGUGGACGUGGACGUGGAGGUGGACGUGGACGUGGACGUGGACAAGGACGUAGACCUGGACGUGGUCGUGGACCUAGACGUUGACGCGGACGUGGACGUGGACGUGGUCGUGGACGUGGACGUGGACAAGGACGUGGACGUGGACGUGGAGGUGGACGUGGUCGUGGACGUGGUCGUGGACGUGGUCGUGGACGUGGACGUGGACGUGGACCUGGACGUGGUCGUGGACGUGGACGUGGACGUGGACAACGACGUGGACGUGGACGUGGACGUGGUCGUGGACGUGGUCGUGGACGUGGACGUGGUCGUGGACGUGGACGUGGACGUGGACGUGGACGUGGACGUGGUCGUGGACGUGGACGUGGACGUGGACGUGUACGUGUACGUGGUCUUGGACGUGAUGUGGACGUGGACGUGGACCUGGACGUGGUCGUGGACGUGGACGUGGUCGUGGACGUGGACGUGGACAUGGUCGUGGACGUGGACGUGGACGUGGACGUGGACGUGGACGUGGACAUGGACGUGGACGUUGACGUGGACGUGGACGUGGACGUGGACAUGGUCGUGGACGUGGACACGUGGACGUGGACAUGGACGUGGACGUGGACGUGAGGUGGACGUGGACGUGGACGUGGACGUGGACAUGGACGUGGACGUGGACGUGGACAUGGACGUGGACGUGGACAUGGACGUAGACGUGGACGUGGACGUGGACAUGGACAUGGACAUGGACGUGGACAUGGACGUGGACGUGGACAUGGAGGUGGACAUGGACGUGGACGUGGACGUAGACGUGGACGUGGACGUGGACGUGGACAUGGACGUGGACGUGGAAGUGGACGUGGACAUGGACGUGGACGUGGACAUGGACGUGGACGUGGACGUGGUCGUGGACGUGGUCGUGGAAGUGGAUGUGGACGUGGUCGUGGACGUGGACGUGGUCGUGGACGUGGACGUGGACGUGAACGUGGACAUGGACAUGGACGUGGACAUGGACGUUGACGUGGACGUGGACGUGGUCGUGGUCGUGGAUGUGGACGUGGACGUUGACAUGGACGUGGACGUGGUCGUGGACGUGGACGUGGACAAGGACGUGGACGUGGACGUGGAGAUGGACGUGGUCGUGGACGUGGUCGUGGACGUGGUCGUGGACGUGGACGUGGACGUGGACCUGGACGUGGUCGUGGACGUGGACGUGGACGUGGACUUGGACUUGGACUUGGACGUGGACGUGGACGUGGUCGUGGACGUGGUUGUGGACGUGGACGUGGACGUGGUCGUGGACGUGGACGUGGACGUGGACGUGGUCGUGGAUGUCGACGUGGACGUGUACGUGUACGUGGUCUUGGACGUGAUGUGGAUGUGGACGUGGACCUGGACGUGGUCGUGGACGUGGACGUGGUCGUGGACGUGGAUGUGGACAUGGUCGUGGACGUGGACGUGGACGUGGACUUGGACGUGGACGUGGACGUGGACGUGGAGGACGUGGACGUGGACGUGGUCGUGGACGUGGACGUGGACGUGGUCGUGGUCGUGGACGUGGACGUGGUCGUGGACGUGGACGUGGACUUGGACGUGGACGUGUGGACGUGGACGUGGACGUGGACCUGGACGUGGACGUGGACGUGGACGUGUGGACGUGGACAUGGACGUGGACAUGGACGUGGACGUGGACGUGGACGUGGACAUGGACGUGGACGUGGACGUGGACGUGGACGUGGACGUGGACGUGGACGUGGACGUGGACGUGGACAUGGACGUGGACGUGGACGUGGACGUGGACGUGGACGUGGACAUGGACGUGGACGUGGACAUGGACGUGGACGUGGACGUGGACGUGGACGUGGACGUGGACAUGGACGUGGACGUGGACGUGGACGUGGACGUGGACGUGGACGUGGACGUGGACAUGGACGUGGACGUGGACGUGGACGUGGACGUGGACGUGGACGUGGACAUGGACAUGGACGUGGACGUGGACGUGGACGUGGUGGUGGACGUGGACGUGGACGUGGACGUGGACGUGGACGUGGACGUGGACAUGGACGUGUACAUGGACGUGGACGUGGACGUGGACGUGAACAUGGACGUGGACGUGGACGUGGACGUGGACAUGGACGUGAACGUGGACGUGGACGUGGACGUCGACCUGGACGUCGACGUGGACGUGGACGUGGACAUGGACGUGGACGUGGACGUGGACGUGGACAUGGACGUGGACGUUGACGUGGACGUGGACGUGGACAUGGUCGUGGACGUGGACGUGGACGUGGACGUGGACAUGGACGUGGACGUGUACGUGGACAUGGACGUGGACGUGGACGUGGACGUGGACGUGGACGUGGACGUGGACGUGGACGUGGACAUGGACGUGGACGUGGACGUGAACAUGGACGUGGACGUGAACGUGGACGUGGACAUGGACGUGGACGUGGACGUGGACGUGGACAUGGACGUGGAGGUGGACAUGGAGUUGGACAUGGACGUGGACGUGGACGUAGACGUGGACGUGGACGUGGACAUGGACGUGGACGUUGAAGUGGACGUGGACAUGGACGUGGACGUGGACAUGGACGUGGACGUGGUCGUGGACGUGGUCGUGGACGUGGACGUGGACGUAAACGUGGACGUGGACGUGGUCGUGGACGUGGACGUGGACGUGAACGUGGACAUGGACGUGGACGUGGACAUGGACGUUGACGUGGACGUGGACGUGGUCGUGGUCGUGGAUGUGGACGUGGACGUGGACAUGGACGUGGACGUGGUCGUGGACGUGGAGGUGGACAAGGACGUGGACGUGGACGUGGAGGUGGACGUGGUCGUGGACGUGGUCGUGGACGUGGUCGUGGACGUGGACGUGGACGUGGACCUGGACGUGGUCGUGGACGUGGACGUGGACUUGGACAUGGACUUGGACGUGGACGUGGACGUGGUCGUGGACGUGGUCGUGGACGUGGACGUGGACGUGGUCGUGGACGUGGACGUGGACGUGGACGUGGUCGUGGACGUGGACGUGGACGUGUACGUGUACGUGGUCUUGGACGUGACGUGGACGUGGACGUGGACCUGGACGUGGUCACGUGGACGUGGACGUGGAGGACGUGGACGUGGACGUGGAGGACGUGGACGUGGACGUGGUCGUGGACGUGGACGUGGUCGUGGACGUGGACGUGGACUUGGACGUGGACGUGGUCGUGGACGUGGACGUGGACGUGGACGUGGACUUGGACGUGGACGUGGACGUGGACGUGGCUUGGACCUGGACGUGGACGUGGACUUGGACGUGGACGUGGACGUGGACGUGGACGUGGACAUGGUCGUGGACGUGGACGUGGACGUGGUCGUGGAGGUGGACGUGGACGUGGACGUGGACGUGGACGUGGUCGUGGACAUGGACGUGGACGUGGACGUGGUCGUGGAUGUGGACGUGGACGUGGACGUGGUCGUGGACGUGGACGUGGUCGUGGAUGACGUGGACGUGGACGUGGAGGACGUGGACGUGGACGUGGACGUGGACGUGGACGUGGUCGUGGACGUGGACGUGGUCGUGGACGUGGACGUGGUCGUGGACGUGGGCGUGGACGUGGACGUGUACGUGGACGUGGUCGUGGACGUGGACGUGGACGUGCACCUGGACGUGGACGUGGACGUGGACGUGGUCGUGGACGUGGACGUGGACGUGGACGUGGACGUGGUCGUGGACGUGGACGUGGUCGUGGACGUGGACGUGGACGUGGACGUGGACCUGGACGUGGACGUGGACGUGGACGUGGACGUGGUCGUGGACGUGGACCUGGACGUGGACGUAGACGUGGACGUGGACUUGGACGUAGACGUGGUCGUGGACGUUGACGUGGACGUGGUCGUGGACGUGGUCGUGGACGUGGACGUGGACGUGAACGUGGACGUGAACGUGGACGAGGACGUGGACGUGGACGUGGUCGUGGACGUGGACGUGGACGUGGUCGUGGACGUGGACGUGGACGUGGACGUGAACGUGGACGUGGACGUGGACGUGUACGUGGACGUGGACGUUGACGUGGUCGUGGACGUGGUCAUGGUCGUGGACGUGGUCGUGGACGUGGACGUGGACAUGGACGUGGACGUGGACGUGGUCGUGGACAUGGUCGUGGACGCGGUCGUGGACGUGGACGUGGACAUGGACUUGGACGUGGUCGUGGACGUGGACGUGGACGUGGACUUUGACGUGGACUUGGACGUGGACGUGGACGUGGUCGUGGACGUGGUCGUGGACGUGGACGUGGACGUGGUCGUGGACGUGGACGUGGACGUGGACGUGGUCGUGGACGUGGACGUGGACGUGGACGUGUACGUGGUCGUGGACGUGGUCGUGGACGUGGACGUGGACCUGGACGUGGUCAUGGACGUGGAGGUGGUCGUGGACGUGGACGUGGACGUGGACGUGGUCGUGGACGUGGACGUGGACGUGGACGUGGUCGUGGACGUAGACGUGGACGUGGACGUGGACGUGGACGUGGUCGUGGACGUGGACGUGAACGUGGACGUGGACGUGGACGUGGACUUGGACGUGGACGUGGUCGUGGACGUGGACGUGGACGUGGACUUGGACGUGGACGUGGACUUGGACGUGGACGUGGCUUGGACAUGGACGUGGACGUGGAAUCGGACGUGGACGUGGACGUGGACGUGGACGUGGACGUGGUCGUGGACGUGGACGUGGACGUGGACGUGGACGUGGUCGUGGACGUGGACGUGGACGUGGUCGUGGACGUGGACGUGGUCGUGGACGUGGACGUGGACGUGGACGUGGACGUUGUCGUGGACGUGGACGUGGACGUGGACUUGGACGUUGACGUGGACGUGGAAGUGGAGGACGUGGACGUGGACGUGGACGUGGACGUGGACGUGGUCGUGGACGUGGACGUGGUCGUGGACGUGGACGUGGACGUGGACGUGGUCGUGGACGUGGAUGUGGACGUGGACGUGGACGUGCACGUGGACGUGGUCAUACGUGGACGUGGACAUGGACGUGGACCUGGACGUGGACGUGGACGUGGACGUGGACGUGGACGUGGUCGUGGACGUGGACGUGGUCGUGGACGUUGACGUGGACGUGGUCAUGGACGUGGACGUGGACGUGGACGUGGUCAGGGACGUGGUCGUGGACGUGGACGUGGUCGUUGACGUGGACGUGGACGUGGACGUGGUCGUGGACGUGGACGUGGACGUGGACGUGGUCGUGGACGUGGACGUGGAUGUGGACGUGGUGGUGGACGUGGUGGAGGACGUGGACGUGGACGUGGACGUGGUCGUGGACGUGGACGUGAACGUGGACGUGGUCGUGGACAUGGACGUGGACGUGGACGUGGACGUGAAAAUGGUCGUGGACGUGGACGUGGAUGUGGUCGUGGACGUGGUCGUGGACGUGGACAUGGACGUGGACCUCGACGUGGUCGUGGACGUGGACGUGGAUGUGGACGUGGACUUGGACGUGGACUUGGACGUGGACGUGGACGUGGUCGUGGACGUGGACGUGGACGUGGACGUGGUCGUGGACGUGGACGUGGACGUGGACGUCAAUGUGGACUUGGACGUGGACGUGGACGUGGACGUGGACGUGGACCUGGACGUGGACGUGGACUUGGACGUGGACGUGGACGUGGACGUGGACGUGGACGUGGUCGUGGACGUGGACGUGGACGUGGACGUGGUCGUGGACGUGGACGUGGACGUGGACGUGGUCGUGGACGUGGACGUGGUCGUGGACGUGGACGUGGACGUGGACGUGGUCGUGGACGUGGACGUUGACGUGGACUCGGACGUAGACGUGGACGUGGAGGUGGACGUGGAGGACGUGGACGUGGACGUGGAGGACGUGGACGUGGACGUAGACGUGAACGUGGACGUGGUCGUGGACCUGGACGUGGUCGUGGACGUGGACGUGGACGUGGUCGUGGACGUGGACGUGGACGUAGACGUGGACCUGGACGUGGACGUGGACGUGGACGUGGACGUGGACGUGGACGUGGUCGUGGACGUGGACGUGGACGAGGACGUGGUCGUGGACGUGGACGUGGUCGUGGACGUGGACGUAGACGUGGACCUGGACGUGGACGUGGUCGUGGACGUGGUCGUGGACGUGGACUUGGACGUGGACGUGGACGUGGACGUGGACGUGGACGUGGACGUGGACGUGGACGUGGUCGUGGAUGUGGACGUGGACGUCGACGUGGACGUCGACGUGGACGUGGACGUGGACGUGGACGUGGACGUGGUCGUGGACGUGGUCGCGGACGUGGUCGUGGACGUGGAAGUGGACGUGGUCGAGGACGUGGACGUGGACGUGGACGUGGACGUGGACUUGGACGUGGACGUGGAUGUGGUCGUGGACUUGGAAGUGGACGUGGUCGUGGACGUGGUCGUAGACGUGGACGUGGACGUGGAAGUGGACGUGGUCGACGUGGACGUGGACGUGGAUGUGGACGUGGACGUGGAGGACGAGGACGUGGACGUGGACGUGGAGGACGAGGACGUGGACGUGGACGUGGACUUGGACGUGGACGUGGACGUGGACGUGGAUGUGGUCGUGGAUGUGGACGUGGACGUGUACGUGGACGUGGACGUGGACGUCGACGUGUACGUGGACGUGGUCAUAGACGUAGACGUGGACAUGGACGUGGACCUGGACGUGGACGUGGACGUGGACGUGGACAUGGACGUGGUCGUGGACGACGAGGACGUGGACGUGGACGUGGACAUGGACGUGGACGUGGAGGACGAGGACGUGGACGUGGACGUGGAGGACGAGGACGUGGACGUGGACUUGGACGUGGAUGUGGACGUGGACGUGGACGUGGACGUGGACGUGGACGUGUACGUGGACAUGGACGUGGACGUGGACGUGUACGUGGACGUGGACGUGGACGUGGACGUGGACCUGGACGUGGACCUGGACGUGGACGUGGACGUGGACGUGGAAGUGGACGUGGUCGUGGACGUGGACAUGGACGUGGAUGUGGACGUGGACGUGGACGUGGUCGUGGACGUGGACGUGGACGUGGACGUGGUCGUGGACGUGGACAUGGUCGUGGACGUGGACGUGGACGUGGACUUGGACGUGGACCUGGACGUGGACGUGGAUGUGGACGUGGUCGUGGACGUGGACGUGGACUUGGACGUGGACGUGGACGUGGACGUGGACGUGGACGUGGACGUUGACGUGGACGUGGACGUGGACGUGGUCGUGGAUGUGGACGUGGACGUCGACGUGGACGUUGACGUGGACGUGGACGUGGACGUGGACGUGGUCGUGGACGUGGUCGUGGACGUGGUCGUGGACGUGGACGUGGACGUGGAAGUGGACGUGGUCGAGGACGUGGACGUGGACGUGGACGUGGACGUGGACGUGGACUUGGACGUGGACGUGGAUGUGGUCGGGGACUUGGAAGUGGACGUGGUCGUGGACGUGGUCGUGGACGUGGACGUGGAUGUGGAAGUGGACGUGGUCGUGGACAUGGACGUGGACGUGGACGUGGACGACGAGGACGUGGACGUGGACGUGGAGGAAGAGGACGUGGACGUGGACUUGGACGUGGACGUGGACGUGGACUUGGACGUGGACGUGGACGUGGAUGUGGUCGUGGAUGUGGACGUGGACGUGUACGUGGACGUGGACGUGGACGUGGACGUGUACGUGGACGUGGUCGUAGACGUAGACGUGGACAUGGACGUGGACCUGGACGUGGACGUGGACGUGGACAUGGAUGUGGUCGUGGACGUGGACGUGGACGUGGAGGACGAGGACGUGGACGUGGACGUGGAGGACGAGGACGUGGACGUGGACUUGGACGUGGACGUGGACGUGGACUUGGACGUGGACGUGGAUGUGGACGUUGACGUGGUCGUGGACGUGGACGUGGACGUGGACGUGGACGUGUACGUGGACGUGGACGUGGACGUGGACGUGUACGUGGACGUGGUCGUGGACGUGGACGUGGACAUGGACGUGGACCUGGACGUGGACGUGGACGUGGACGUGGACGUGGACGUGGUCGUGGACGUGGACGUGGACGUGGGCGUGGUCAUGGACAUGGACGUGGACGUGGACGUGGUCGUGGACGUGGACGUGGACGUGGACGUGGACGUGGUCGUGGACGUGGACGUGGACUUGGACGUCGAUGUGGACGUGGACGUGGACUUGGACGUGGACGUGGUUGUGGACGUGGUCGUGGACGUGGUCGUGGACGUGGACGUGGUCGUGGACGUGGACGUGGACGUGGACGUGGACGUGGACCUGGACGUGGACCUGGACGUGGACGUGGACGUGGACGUGGACGUGGUCGUGGACGUGGACAUGGACGUGGAUGUGGACGUGGACGUGGACGUGGACGUGGUCGUGGACGUGGACGUGGACGUGGACGUGGUCGUGGACGUGGACAUGGUCGUGGACGUGGACGUGGACGUGGACUUGGACGUGGACCUGGACGUGGACGUGGAUGUGGACGUGGUCGUGGACGUGGACGUGGACUUGGACGUGGACGUGGACGUGGACGUGGACGUGGACGUGGACGUUGACGUGGACGUGGACGUGGUCGUGGAUGUGGACGUGGACGUCGACGUGGACGUUGACGUGGACGUGGACGUGGACGUGGACGUGGUCGUGGACGUGGUCGUGGACGUGGUCGUGGACGUGGACGUGGACGUGGAAGUGGACGUGGUCGAGGACGUGGACGUGGACGUGGACGUGGACGUGGACGUGGACUUGGACGUGGACGUGGAUGUGGUCGGGGACUUGGAAGUGGACGUGGUCGUGGACGUGGUCGUGGACGUGGACGUGGAUGUGGAAGUGGACGUGGUCGACGUGGACGUGGACGUGGAGGACGAGGACGUGGACGUGGACGUGGAGGAAGAGGACGUGGACGUGGACUUGGACGUGGACGUGGACGUGGACUUGGACGUGGACGUGGACGUGGACGUGGAUGUGGUCGUGGAUGUGGACGUGGACGUGUACGUGGACGUGGACGUGGACGUGGACGUGUACGUGGACGUGGUCGUAGACGUAGACGUGGACAUGGACGUGGACCUGGACGUGGACGUGGACGUGGACAUGGAUGUGGUCGUGGACGUGGACGUGGACGUGGAGGACGAGGACGUGGACGUGGACGUGGAGGACGAGGACGUGGACGUGGACUUGGACGUGGACGUGGACGUGGACUUGGACGUGGACGUGGACGUGGAUGUGGACGUUGACGUGGUCGUGGACGUGGACGUGGACGUGGACGUGGACGUGUACGUGGACGUGGACGUGGACGUGUACGUGGACGUGGUCGUGGACGUGGACGUGGACAUGGACGUGGACCUGGACGUGGACGUGGACGUGGACGUGGACGUGGACGUGGUCGUGGACGUGGACGUGGACGUGGGCGUGGUCAUGGACAUGGACGUGGACGUGGACGUGGUCGUGGACGUGGACGUGGACGUGGACGUGGACGUGGUCGUGGACGUGGACGUGGACUUGGACGUGGAUGUGGACGUGGACGUGGACUUGGACGUGGACGUGGUUGUGGACGUGGUCGUGGACGUGGUCGUGGACGUGGACGUGGACGUGGUCGUGGACGUGGACGUGGACGUGGACGUGGUCGUGGACGUGGACGUGGUCGUGGACGUGGACGUGGACGUGGUCGUGGACGUGGACGUGGACGUGGACUUGGACGUAGACGUGGACGUGGAGGUGGACGUGGAGGACGUGGACGUGGAGGAUGUGGACGUGGACGUGGACGUGGACGUGGACGUGGUCGUGGACGUGGACGUUGUUGUGGACGUGGACGUGGACGUGGUCGUGGACGUGGACGUGGACGUGGACGUGGACAUGGACGUGGACCUGGACCUGGACGUGGACGUGGACGUGGACGUUGAGAAGAUAUGA